AUGAUUCCAACUGCCACAAUAGACAUGGUUUUAGCGACUGAUGUUUUAUGAGCAGGAGUGAGUUCACAACACAAUGAGCAGGUUUGCAGUGUCUGGGGAAACUAUCAUUACAAGACCUUCGACGGGAACUACUUCCAGCUUCCAGCUUCAUGCAACUUCAUCUUGACGUCGCACUGUUCGGCCAGCUAUGAGGACUUUAACAUCCAGCUGAGACAUCAGGUGGAGAACAAUGAACCCACCAUCAGCAAAAUCACCAUGAGGCUGCAGGGGACGAUCAUAGAGCUGACCAAAGGCUCUCUCAGUGUUAAUGGGCAAAUAGUCACACUUCCAUUUAGCAGCUCUGAAGUUUUCAUCGAGAAGAGGACAUCUUAUAUUUCAGUCAAGGCUAUAUUGGGGCUAGUAGCAAUGUGGAAUGAAGAUGAUUCGUUCAUGGUCAAGUUAGAUGAAAAAUACAAAAACCAAACGUGUGGACUUUGUGGAGACUACAACGGAAUCGAGAAUAAUUUAUCUCCUGUUCCAGGAAAUACGCUGUCCAUGUCUGAUUAUGGGAACCUCUGGAAGAUGGACGGUCCAACAGAAGUCUGUAAGGAAGACACCGUACCUCUUGACGAAAACUGUGGAGAUGAGAAUUUCUGCCAUGAUAUCUUCUCCAGUUCAGUGUUCAGUGAUUGCAGAGGUCGGGUUUCCAUUGAUUCAUUUGUCCAAGUAUGCAUGAAAGACCUGUGCCAUUGCAACAGCACCUCCGGAUCCUUCUGCCUAUGCAAAUCCAUCGGCGAAUAUUCAAGGCAGUGUGUGCAUGCAGGUGGAAAGCCUGAAGAAUGGAGAUCAGAAUAUUUUUGCCCACGUCCGUGCCCAGAAAGCAUGAUCCACCAAGAGUGUGGAAAUCCCUGCACUGACACCUGCACAAACCCUGAAAUAGGACAAGUGUGUGAGCACCACUGCACCGAUGGAUGCUUCUGCCCUCCUGGCACUGUUUUUGACGAUAUACACAAUACUGGCUGUAUCCCACACAGUGAAUGCUCCUGCGUCCUCGGAGGUCAAAUAUUCGCCUCAGGGGAGAAUUACACAAGCAGCUGCAGAGACUGCACCUGUGAACAGGGACAGUGGAACUGUAUUCAGAAAGAUUGCCCACAGUCAUGCUCAGUAGAGGGUGGAUCUCAUAUCACCACUUAUGAUGGAAAAGCCUACACCUUUCAUGGGGACUGCACUUAUGUCCUGUCCAAACAAUGCUCAGGCACAGAAUUCACAGUCCAAGGAGACCUGGUGAAAUGUGGUGUGACUGAAACUGAAACCUGCUUGAAGUCAGUAACGCUGGCAUUGUUUGAUGGAACUAAUGUGAUCAAAGUGGAUUCCAGUGGAAAUAUUGAGGUCAACAGAAUAAUUGCCCAGAUUCCACUUUUUACAGCUGAUGUGAGCAUUUUCAAGCCCUCCUCAUUCUACAUUGUAAUUCAGGCCCAUUUGAUUGGGCUUCGUCUGGAGAUCCAGCUUGUCCCGCUAAUGCAACUUUACAUCACAGCCAAUUCCGCGUACCAAGGAGAAACAUGUGGUCUUUGUGGCAAUUUCAACAACAUUGAGGCUGAUGAUUUCACAACCAUUGGUGGACUCAGGGAAGGAACCGCUUUAGAUUUUGCCAACACCUGGAAAACCAGAGCAAGUUGCCCUGAUGUCAAAAGAAACUUUGAGAAUCCUUGCAGUCUUAGCACUGAAAAUGAGCAAUAUGCACAGCACUGGUGUUCCCUGCUAUCAGAUCCCUCAUCAGUGUUUGCCCCCUGCCACUCUGAAAUCAGUCCUGAAGUCUACAAAGCAAAUUGCAUAUAUGACAGCUGCAACUGUGAGAAAAGUGAGGACUGCAUGUGUGCAGCUUUGUCUUCAUACGUUCACGCAUGUGCUGCCAGAGGGAUUGCUCUUGAUGGAUGGAGAGAUGCUGCCUGCUUAACGUACACGCUAACCUGCCCCAGCACCACGGUCUACUCUUAUCAAAUGACCAGCUGUGACCGCACUUGCCGAUCCCUCAGCCAAUCAGACAACACCUGCGCUAUUGACUUCGUGCCAGUAGAUGGCUGUGGCUGUGCAGAAGGAACAUACAUGAACGAGAAUGGUGACUGUGUUGCACCUGCCAGCUGCUCAUGUUAUGAUUCAGGCAAAAUCAUUCCUGCCGGAGACAUAAUCUCUAAAGAUGGUGGAUCAUGUAUUUGCGAGCAAGGCAGAUUGAGCUGUACUGGGGUAUCAAAUGGGGAAGAGUGCCAAUAUCCAAUGAUGUUUUUCAACUGCUCCAGUGCUAGCCCUGGAUCCACAGGAUCAGAGUGUCAGAAGAGCUGCAACACAUUAGACAUGGCUUGCAUCAGCACAGAGUGUGUGUCUGGCUGUGUGUGCCCCUCUGGACUGGUGUCUGAUGGAAAAGGUGGCUGUAUAGCUGAAAACCUGUGCCCUUGCUUCCAUAACGGAGUUGCCUACCAACCUGGAGAAAGCAUUAAGACUGAUUGUAACACAUGUACUUGCAAGGAUAGACGAUGGAUCUGUACCACAAACCAGUGCAGUGGGACAUGCAGCAUAUAUGGAGAUGGGCAUUAUAAAACGUUUGAUGAGAAAAGAUACGUCUUCAGUGGAAACUGUGAAUACAGCCUUGUUCAGGACUUCUGCAACAACACAACUGGCACUUUUAGAGUCAUUACUGAAAACAUUCCCUGUGGAUCCACCGGCACCACUUGUUCCAAGACUAUCAAGCUGUUUCUUGGCAGCAAUGAGCUUAGACUGACAGAUGGAUCCUACCAAGUUGUUCAUAGAGAUUUAGGAGAGGAGAUUCCCUACCAGAUGCGCACCAUGGGACUUUACUUGGUGAUUGAGGCCAAUAAUGGUCUGACGCUUAUAUGGGACAGAAAAACAACUAUACACAUCAAACUGAGUCCAGAGUUUAAUGGCCGCGUGUGUGGUCUGUGUGGAAACUACGAUGGAAAUGCGAACAAUGACUUCACUACGCGCAGUCAAGCAAUUGCUGUUGAAACCCUGGAUUUUGUAAACAGCUGGAAGCUCUCUAAUUGUCCAGAUGCAACCCUCAUCCAAGAUCCUUGUGUCCAUAAUCCAUAUAGAGGGGCAUGGGCACAGAGGCAGUGUAGCAUCAUUACUAGCAGUGUCUUCUCAACCUGUCAUUCACAGGUGGACCCCUCUCCUUUUUAUGAUGCCUGUGUGAGAGAUGCAUGUGCUUGUGAUAGUGGUGGAGAUUAUGAGUGUUUUUGCACUGCUGUAACAGCCUAUGCAGAAGCAUGUAAUGAGGCUGGAGCCUGCGUUGCUUGGAGAACACCUAAAAUAUGCCCAAUGUUUUGUGAUUAUUACAACCCCCCUGAUGAAUGUGAGUGGCAUUACAAACCUUGUGGAGCACCUUGUAUGCAGACGUGUAGAAACCCCUCUGGACACUGCUCUAGUCAGAUACCAGCACUUGAAGGUUGCUAUCCUAAAUGCCCUCCCGAGCAGCCUAUUUUUGAUGAAGAUAACAUGAAGUGUGUGACACAGGAAGAUUGUGGCUGUUUUGUGGAUAUGUUACAUUAUGAGGUUGGCCAGCAUGUGCCAACCUCAGAGAACUGUCAGUCAUGUUAUUGUACAUCAUCUGGUGUUGUCUGUGACUUUGAUGUAAAUGCAUGUACAUGCCAAUACAACAAUGUGGAGUACAAUUUUGGAGAUAUCAUUUAUCACACAACGGAUGGGCUGGGAGGUUGUAUCACGGGCAGAUGUUCAGUCAAUGAAACUAUUGAGAGGACUUUGAUACCUUGUGAAACGACUACUGUCCCAACAACCACAUCCAUCCUGACCACAACGCAGACAUUAACACCAACCCCGACAACAGUUUUUGUCUUCAGCACCCCAGCGACUCAAACCACUGGACAACUAACAACAACUGAGACUGUAACUGAGAAUGAAUUGACCACAGCUCAGACACCUUGGUCCACUACCACCAAACAACCAAAAGAGGGAACGACUGGCCUAACAAGCCAACCAACGACCACAGCAACAACUACUUUAGAAGAAGUAACAGGCACAUCAUCUGAAUCAUCAACAAGUGAUAUCAUUUACAAUGUUACCGAUGGCACUGGUUGGUGCUUCACUGCAUACUGUAAUGCAACUUGUCAUAUUGUGAAGAUUUCAACAUCAUGUGCAACCUCCCCAUCACCAUCCAUUCCUCCUGAAACAACCACAUAUUCCAGUUCAACAACCAUAAGUUCCCUUGAAACAACACAGUUUGCCACAACUAAUACAGACACAGAAGUACCAACUACCACCUAUGGGCCUAAGUGUGAUGCACUUGAUCCACCAAGACAGCCCAAUGAUACUUGGCAGAGUGGAUGUCAAAUGUGUGAGUGUGAGAGUGAAACACUGACCGUCCGUUGCCAGCCUGUAACUUGUUCUGUUUCACCACCUGUUACUUGCGAUCAGCCUGGACAAGUGCUUGUGAACACAACAAUUGACUGCUGCGAGAUCCAAGAGUGCAGUUGUGAUGUGAACCUGUGCCCUAUUCCCAUGAUACAGUGUCCACUGGGCUUUAUACCAUCCUUCACCGUGUCUCCAGAUAACUGCUGUCCAGAUUAUAUUUGCUCCCCCAUGGAAGUCUGUGUCCAUAAUACCACAGUGUAUCAGCCUGGCUCGAUUAUACCAAGCGAUGACCCUUGUACAUUUUGUCAGUGUGGUUGGAACGUAGAUCCUGAAACAAAUCUUCUUGCUCCAGAGUGUGUGAUAGCUGACUGCAAUGAUUACUGUCCAGAGGGUCACGAGUAUCAACUCAUUCCUGGUCAGUGCUGUGGAGAGUGUGUUAGCACUGAUUGUGUGGUUAUGCAUGACAACAUCACAGUUACCGUUUCAGUUGACCAGAUAUGGCAACCACCUAAUGACAAAUGUGUGAAAUACCAAUGUGAGAGAGUCAAUGGUAACUCAGUGACAGUUGAGAUGAAGACCACUUGCCCUGCCUUCAAUCCUGAGAAUUGUAUCCCUGGAACAGAGACAAUAGAUGCAGAUGGCUGCUGUCCAACCUGUACACUGGACAACAAAUGUAAUGUCCAGAAGAACAGCACCUUCUUGGUCAUUAAUGGCUGUAUAAGCAACACACCUGUGGAAAUAACCUCUUGCUCAGGCUUGUGUGAGACAUCAUCAAUAUACUCUGCAGAAGCAAACGCUCUUGUGCACUCAUGCUCUUGCUGUCAAGAAACAACAACCACCAAGAAGGAAGUGACCCUGACUUGCGCUGAUGGGUCAAAUAUCAGCCACACUUACAUUUACAUUGAGUCUUGUGGCUGCAAGGCCUCCGAUUGCUCUGGUCAAUCGACUUCCUUAAAGAGACGCCGGAGGAGAUUGUGAACCUGCGUUCUUAACUCCGUACAGUAGAGCACUUUCAAAUUAAUCUUAUGGAAUAAAUCUGUAAAUUUUAAUAGCAUGAAAUAUUUGUGAUAACUAUCUCUAUGGUGUCAUGAGAAUGACAGCUUUUUUUGUUUCUUGUCUAGUAGCUCUUAAUAAAC